GUCCAAUUCAACUCCCACGAGGAGUAUCUAAACGUCAGUGGUCGUAUGCAUUUGACUUCAACUUGGAUAUCCAUACCGCCAACUGCGUUCAGAUGUCCGAGAUGAGCACAACAGAAAUCUCCCAUACGGCACCCUCCACCAGGCCGGCCAGUGAUGCCUUGAAUGAAUGAGUUGAAAGCAUGACGACCAUUUCCCCAAUCCUCCUCUUUCUUUGUUAUCUCUUUUCUUCACUAUCCGUGGGGUUUGGUGUCACCAACGCCGACAGCGCCGUUGCCAAAGUGUUAUGCGAUGCGAGCCCUACAUGCAACUCUGCUACACCACCAAGUACUAGUAGUACCACUACCAUCAGUGACAAGAAUGACAAGAAACUGAAUGCCACUCGCGAUAAAUUCAAUCGAGAUGGGUAUAUCGUCUUGAAGAAUUAUUUUCGUAACAACGACGAUCCAACACAAGAAGAAUCGCUAGUACCGCUGCUGGGAGACGAUUGGCACGACUUUUCGUUAAAGUAUUGGAAUCGCAUCUUUCAAGUCCUUCACGAAAAGGGACACAUCUCGGAACCCCACCAUGUCAUGAAUGACGAAUACAACAACGGCAAAUUGCGUCAUCCUGGCUACAAAGAAAUUGUCCAUCGGUAUCCGGGACGCUACGAAUUGUCUCUGAACCGUAUUAGUGAUCAUACAAAAGAAGAAGAUUCCUUGUUGUACCACGACAUGCCAUUGUUGCAACCGAUUAUUGACAAAUUGGAGCACCUGAUUUUAUCCAUUCUCAAACAGCAUCCCAAUUACCAAGAACUACCCGACGGCACCAAGUACAAUCUACUCCAUUCCAUGUUGAUUUCGGCACCCCAUUCUCUGAUUCAAAAAUUCCACGUCGACACCAAACACACCAAUGAAGAGGAACAUUGGCCAGCACACAUUAUCAAUGUCUUUAUCCCGCUCGUCAACAUGACAACGCGUGUGUUGGGGCCCACCGAAGUGGUGCCACGAUCCCAUGUCCAAACGCGAUUCAUGUACAGCGAUAAUCCACAGACCCGCAGUCAAGCCAAACCACUGGGGUCGUCCACUGUGACGCCCUUGAUGAAUGUGGGCGAUGUGCUCAUGUUUGACUUUCGAACCCUUCAUCGGGGAUUGCCCAAUGUCAGUCGCAAUCAGAAUCGGCCCAUGCUCGUGCUGGCAUUCUCCAUCCCGUCGUUUCACGACAAGGCCAAUUGGCCAGGACCCAGCAUCUUUGAAUGAAUUAUGAAGCACAGGAUAUCAUACCGGUACAGGAAUGAAUAGAAUGGGCAAUUAAUACAAAGCUAGCUAGAGUAGUAGUAGUAGCAUAUUCCUUGGGAGUUCCAACUCAUGCAUGUGGCACGGUGUCAUCAAUUUAUUGAUUCAAACAGAUCGACACGAUUUUUCGGAGUCCAGCAGCAUACGUAUAUAGUGGAUCGUUAAUACCGUAUAGGCGUGACGCGCAAAACAUAUGUGUCUCCCGUUAAAAAAAGCCCUGCGCAUUCCAAAACCAGCCAUGCACAGAGCCUUAGUCAAGCAAAUGAAGCAAUGCACAGGCAGACUCGAGUCGCAAACGCAGAGGCUUUGCAACUUUCGAGUCCGGAGAGGAGCGGCGCCUUGAAAGCUUGUACCGGUACGAAUUACCUGCCCCGAUCCUUGCAGAUGAUUGUUGGCGUGCGUCCAACCAAAGCUUCUUCUGAUAGAGACCAUCUUCGUAAUGGUGUCGGGUCGGCAAUAUCGUAGCUACUCACUCUGCCAGCCAUCCCGGGUUGAUCUAUCCCAGAGUAUCAUGUUGAGAGCAACCCCGGAUUUUGUGCACAAGUCGCAUUCAUGAUGAUGGUAGGACAGUCCUCAUUGUUGAACCAUCGGUCGCCCUUGGUUGCACAAUGCAGUUUCGCCAAGGCAAACAAACCAUCGCACCAACAAUAGAAUUGUUGUGGUGAGAUGGGGGGUUUGCACCAGCAACAACAAAAAUGUUGUGGUGGGCGGGGUUUGGUUUUGGGAUGGGGGGUGUGCACGGUACAAGGCGAUGCGUGAAAUGCCUUGACCAUGCGUGAGUGUUCAUGUGCAAGCACAGAGGAACUCUCCAGUUUCAAAAAAUGUGUUAACAUAAGGAGGGAAGACCCUCCAGUAUUAUGUUAAUAAUACUAGAACAGUUACUACACAAAAUCAAAGCCAAUAAGGCGAAGAGAGAUAG